GAGUUCUUAUCCGGGUCUUUUUGGCCUGCUUCAGCAACGUGGUAUUAGCGCACCCACGCGCGUCUUCACGAUGGUCGCUCAAAAGAAACAGAAAAAGGCUCUGGAGAGCAUCAACUCCAGGCUAGCCCUUGUGAUGAAGUCUGGCAAGUACGUCUUGGGCCACAAACAGACCAUCAAGACGUUGCGGCAAGGCAAGGCGAAGCUGAUCAUCAUCGCCAACAACACCCCUCCACUCAGGAAGAGUGAGAUUGAGUACUACGCCAUGCUGGCCAAGACUGGUGUCCACCACUACACAGGGAACAACAUUGAGCUGGGCACAGCGUGCGGAAAGUACUACCGUGUCUGCGUCCUCAGCAUCACUGAUCCAGGGGAUUCCGACAUCAUCAGAAGCAUGCCUACCGAGCAGUGAACUUAAUUAAAACUGUUAAUAGAAAA